CUCUUAAGAAAAAGAGAGAAAGUUGGAAGUUUUAGGCAAGCAGGGGUUUUCUUCCUAAUAGGAUCGUCGGAGUCUUGCAGGGAAUUCCAUAAAUGGAGUCUAAAGCAGCUGUCAAAGACCAACCUUUGAGAGGGGGGAGAAAUAGAUGGGCACUUGAAGAUAUUGGAAAUCUUGUGAUUGCUCCUGUUGUUGAUAGUAAACCGCAGAGACAUAUCUCUUGUCGCCCCAUCACAAGAAGGUUUGCGGCACAGUUAUUGGCUAAGGCACAAGCUGCUGUUGACGAAAACAAUAAGGCACUUGCACAAGUUGUCAAUGGAAUUGUUGCGGGGAAAAAUUGUGUGGGAACAAAAGCAGUAGUAGCUAGUGCUGAGAAGAAAGUAACUCUGAAAGAAAAGACAAAAACGGGUAAGGUCAUAAGCCCCAAUGCCAAAGCUGUUGUUAUGAAGAAAAGCCCCUUGUGUGGGAGGAAAACGAAAAUGACUGGAAAGUCAUACACUUCUGUCCUAACUGCUCGAAGCAAGGCUGCUUGUGGAAUUGGUUACAAACUGAAGGAGAAGAUUGUGGAUAUUGACUCAGAAGAUGCUGAUAACGAACUGGCUGCCAUGGAGUAUGCGGAAGAUAUCUAUAAGUUCUACAAGCUCACAGAGGCCGAUGCUCGAGUGAAUGACUAUAUGGGCUCUCAGCCUGAGAUCAGUUCUAAGAACAGGGCAAUUCUAAUAGACUGGCUAAUUGAAGUUCAUAAGAAGUUUAAGCUCAUGCCCGAGAGCCUCUACCUGAGUAUCAAUAUCAUGGAUCGAUUUCUCUCGACCAAGACUGUUCCUAUCAGGGACCUCCAGUUGGUUGGUAUCAGCUCUAUGCUCAUUGCCUGCAAGUACGAGGAAAUAUGGGCACCGCAGGUCAGUGACUUCGUGGAUGUAUGUGGCAAUGCUUAUGCGAGGGAGCAGAUACUCGCGACGGAGAAAUCCAUUAUGGGGACACUCGAAUGGUACUUCACAACUCCUACGAUAUAUGUCUUUCUGGUGCGGUUCAUUAAAGCUUCAAUUCCAGCAGAUAAAGAGAUUGAGAACAUGGCUUUCUUCCUUGCUGAACUUGGUCUGCUGAACUACUCAACCGUCAUACACUACUGUCCAUCAAAAAUCGCUGCAUCUGCUGUCUACGCUGCUCGUUGCACUCUCAGCAUCACGCCUCCAUGGACUGCUACUCUAAAGCACUACACUGGCUACCACGAAAACCAGAUAACUGAUUGCGCAAAACAUUUGGCUGGCUUACACUCAAGUUUGGCAGAGAGCGAGCUCGAGGCAGUUUGCAGGAAAUACUCGAGUCCAGAAAGGUGUGCUGUAGCUCUCUUCUCACCAGCUGCAAGUCUUCUACCUGCUACUGCUGCACCAUCAUUAUCAUCAUCUUUAAUUUCUUUGAUUUUGUCUAGAAAGUGUAAAAUACCAGUUCAGUACGUACCAUGUGUAGAAGGAAUAUUUGCUUUUCAACUUCCUCAGAUACCACGAAUGGAUGACACUCCAACAAUGAAUAACCUGGAACCUGAUGGGUCAUUCAAGCAGAUAUAUAAGAUCUGA